AUGAUUUCUUGGAGGUUGCCUUUUGGAUCAGAAAGCACUGCAUUCUCCAGCCUUGACUACCAGGCUGGGAUUUUACAUGGUCUAACGGCAUCUUCCAUUGGCCAACGGCCGACAAUUACCCAGGGACCCGGACCCGCCCGCCCCAGCUGGACCGUGGACGGGCUGCGUGGCCAGAAAACGAGUGAAGGUGGCCUCUACUUUACUUUGGAUUUGCGCAACUCCCAAGGCUUUGUGAGAUCCAAUCCUCCUACCUUGCUUCCAACUCGACUUUCUCGCGUCGACCUUCUCUUCUCAUGGUUCAGGCGGGGUCUCUCACUUCCUGAUAUCACCUUUUACCUCUCCGCCACUCCUUUUAGCGUUAUUCUGCUUGGCGCAUUGUUGCGAAAGUACGACUUUUGGCCUACUCCCGUUGAUUCUUCUCACAACGCUUACGAGGCUACCCCAAACUCGCGAUAG